GCUUGGCUCAAAGAAUACGAGAAGGUACGCGGAUUGGAUUCGUAUUUACGAUAAUUCGCGACUCGCGAGAAACACAACGGAAAACGUGGUCUUCGUGAAUGCGUUCACAGCUCUCACUCUAUCACGGUAAAUGGUCGCAAACAUGUUUCGUCGCAAUUAUCGAUUUUUAUGCGAAGCGUUUACGGUUUUUAUAACAUGUUUAUUGUGUGUGCUACACCUAGUCCAUAUCGUCGAACCAGUUAAAAUUCCUGCACUGCCUUUGCCAUCGUACGUAGGAAAGGCAUGUCGAGCCAAUGAUCCAAACCUCAACGAAUGCGUAGUUCGAACAGGAGCUCCGGUAAUCAGAAGAAUAACACAAGGUGAUGCGAAAUACAGAAUACCUAAAUUAGAACCAUUAACGAUAUCAAAAAUGAGAAUUGAACAAGGAACUAGACAAGUAGGAAUGACAAUGGAAUGUCAAGAGUGCAAUUUGUACGGUUUAUCCGAAGUAAAUUUCACCACAGCUAGGGUUGAUUUGAAAAAAAGACACGUCGAAUGGGAUUUUACACUCGAUCGACUCAUGUUUCUGGGCAAAUACAAAGUAUCUGGUCGUGUUCUCAUACUACCGAUCACAGGAGCCGGUGAUGCUAAUAUUACAUUAACCAACGUUAGUUUUUCGUUUUUAUACGACUACGAUCUGGAUUUAAAAGAGAAUGGUAAACAUUACGCUCGACUAACCAACAGCACUUUACCUUACAAAAUAGGAGGAAUGUACAUCCAUUUGGAAAAUUUAUUCAACGGCGAUAAGCUGCUAGGUGAAAAUAUGAACAGAUUUUUGAACGAAAAUUGGAGAGAUAUAAUCAAAGAAGUUGGUCCAGCAGUAGCAGACGCUUUAACAGAUGUUUUUAGAGCAACUAUGGGUGCGAUGGCAGAUCUAGUCCCGUUUGAGUAUCUAUUCCCAACGGAUUAGAACCAGAAUACUCGUAGUUCCUGUGAACAUCGUAUUCUUCAUCUUUUGAAUACGUUCAAUGACUCGACAACAUUGAGGAAUACUUUGAAACGAGAAAUCUAAGCUAAAUGUCCAGAGUGAACACCCGGCAUUCCACAAAAUGCUGAAGCGACGCGAAGGCGUAUCUAAAUUAUUAGGCUUUACACGACCGUGUUCGUGUUGAUCUAACGAAUUGAUCAAAUUGACCACAGUGAGUCUUCAUCUUUCGGCAUGUCUGAAUGAAUUACGAAAUUCAACGAUUGCGUAAACGAAAUUCUCAAUUUGGCAUUAAAAUCAUGAUCAAAUGUCUGCGAAGAUCUACCUGCUAGCCAACUACAGCUUCGGUGAAUUAAAUUAGCCUACAGCGUAAUUCAAUUUUAAGAUAUGUAACUACGUUUUUCAAUAUUUGUAUUUACCAUUAUUUUGUACCUAAUAAAUUAAUGUUUUUUUUUUUCUA